AUGGAAGUGUUUUGCAGGUUUUUGCUCGUCUUUUCGCUGCUUGUGUUUGUAGAAUCUACAUGCAACAGUACAGACCGAGAACUGGUCGCGAAGGCCUUUAGUUCUGUCUCUGGUUUCAAUCUUUCUUGGUUUCAACAUGCUGGUUCAACUUCAUACUGUUCUCAUCCUUCUAUAACACAAAUAAAACUUCCUUCAAGAAACUUGAGUGGUAGCAUUUCUUGGAAGUAUCUCAAGAACAUGUCCCAACUGCGCAUAAUUGAUCUCUCCAGCAAUUCUCUUCAUGGUCAGGUGCCAGCUUGGUUUUGGUCUAUAAAAAGCCUAAGUGAAGUCAAUCUGUCCAAGAAUAGGCUUGGAGGGAGCAUUGAGUUUGGAAUUAAUGGCUCGUCUUCAUCAAUGAUGAAAGUGCUCAAUCUCUCAACCAACAGGUUCACCAACUUGGUUAAACUCUCUGGUUUUGCAAAUUUGGAGGUUCUUGAUAUCUCUCAUAAUGAUUUAGGUUCUUUGCCUUCUGGGUUCGCUAACUUGACCAAGCUAGAGUCUCUCAACAUUUCAAGCUGCAAAAUUUCAGGCAACAUAAGAGUCAUUUCAGGUCUCCAAUCAUUGAAGUAUUUGGAUGUCUCGAACAACACCAUGAAUGGUAAAUUCCCUUCUGAUUUCCCUCCCUUAGACGGCCUCAAGUUCUUGAAUGUUUCACUAAACAACUUCUAUGGACAUGUUGGCUUUGACAAGUACAACAAAUUUGGAAAAUCUGCUUUUAGUCGUGGUGGUAGUUUAACUUUCAAUACCUCAAAAAACCCAACUAAUCCCAUCAAUAAGCCACAUUUAAAUCAAACUCAACCUCACAAGCAAACCAUAAAAAAAUACCCACCAAUUUACAUGCACGCCGAAAAAACCAAGCCCAAAUCAAAAACCAAAACUUUGGUCAUUUGCGUCUCAUCAACGUCAGCAUUUCUGUUUGUUUCUGUUGCUUUUUGUGUCUUUUGCAUGCGCAGAAGACGAAAGAUUGCAAAUAGAAACAAAUGGGCAAUCUCUAAACCUGUCCAGUUCACAUUCAAGAUGGACAAAUCAGGGCCGUUCAGCUUUGAAACCGAGUCAGGAUCAUCAUGGGUGGCAGACAUUAAAGAACCAACAUCUGCACCAGUGAUCAUGUCAUCUAAGCCGUUGAUGAACUUGACUUUCAAGGACUUGAUUGCUGCCACCUCACACUUUGGCAAAGACUCUCUCCUAGCAGAGGGCAGGUGUGGACCCCUCUAUAGGGCUGUCCUACCAGGAGACCUCCACGUGGCAAUCAAAGUAUUGGAGAAUGCAAGAGACCUUGAGCAUGAUGAUGCAGUUGCAAUUUUUGAAAAUAUCUCCAGACUGAAACACCCCAACCUCUUACCCCUUUGUGGGUACUGCAUUGCAGGUAAAGAGAAGCUCGUACUGUACGAGUUCAUGUUCAACGGAGAUCUCCACCGUUGGCUCCACGAGCUUCCCACACUGAAAACAAACGUGGAGGACUGGAGCACUGACACGUGGGAGAAUCAAAACAUCCACGGGCCCCACAUUGCUUCUCCUGAAGAAAAAACUAACUGGCUCACGCGCCACCGCAUCGCCGUCGGGGUCGCGCGUGGAAUUGCUUAUCUCCACCAUGCGGGAUCCACCCAUGGCCACCUCGUCGGGUCCAACAUUCUCCUCUCGGAGCACCUUGAACCCCGAGUUGCUGAUUUUGGACUUAGAAAUGUCGGUGCAAAGAGCAAAAGUCCCGGGUUCGAUAACGAAGGUUGUGGAUUGGAGUCUGAUGUGUAUUGUUUUGGUGUUGUGUUGAUCGAGUUAAUGACGGGUCAGCAAGGGAGCGUAGAGAAUGUGGAGAGGAUCAGGAGGCUUGUGAAAGAAGGGCGUGGUGGUGACGCGCUAGACUCGAGGCUGAGACUUAGCGGUGAGUCAGCGAGCGAGAUGGUUGAGUGCCUCCGAGUUGGGUACCUUUGUACGGCUGAGGUGCCUGCAAAGAGGCCCACCAUGCAGCAAGUUUUGGGUUUGCUCAAAGACAUACAUCCGGUGUUGAGUUGA